GUGUAGCGCUUUCUGUUCCCAGAGUGAGAUCUUCGCUUCAGCUGGCGGUCAUGAAUUUUGCUGUACUGAAAUAAAGAGGGAAGAAGAGUUCAUCCUGGAGUACGAUCUCAGGUGUGUCACUGGAUCUCCCAUUAAGCAGAUAGUGAACGACAGCGAGCGCGGCGCAGGACGAUGAAACAAAGUCGCCUCUGAAGCCGGUGACAUGUCCCGGAGUGGUCACAAGACAGAUAAGGGUGAUGACACGGUGGAGCUGUGUGACCGGGGGAGCUGGUGGCUGGGGACACUGAGAGACACACCCAUCCCGGGAACCUACCACGUCCGAGACUUCGUUGAGGAGGCUGACCUGAACCCUGUGAAAAAAACUUAUGGCUUCAAAGGUGUGGGCAGAAAAACUCAGACCCUGGGUGUGCGUAAGGGGGAUCUGCUGCUGCCUGGAGCGUAUGAAUAUACAGACUCCACCCAGGAAGUCCUGAUGCACCAGGCUUCCUACUCUUUCAAGAACUGCCCCCGACCUGACAUUUUUACCCUUGGAAUUAGAGACAAGCACAUAAACACUUCGCCAUGUGACUACAAUGUGACAGCGAGACCAGUGGAGAAGAUCCCCUGCAAGCAUGUGAUGUUUCGCUCGACUGUGCAGCGGAUCAGCUUUCUGCCUAAAGAUGGCCCUGCUCCAUGCCACUACAACCCACAGACCAAACCAGCUAAAGCCAUCACUUCCUGUUUCAAAUCCACGUUGCCGCGGCUACACGGUGUGCACUCAAACACUCCAGGACCGGGGACCUACGAUCCUUUCAGGAAGUCGUUUGCACAAAGAUGUUAA